AUGGUUGACGUCCUCCUUUUUGAAAUUUUCCUAUGCCUGAUGUUCGUAACUCUUUUUAUGAUCCUCGGUACUUAUCUUCAGAAAUGGGGAGUAAUUUUUACUUAGUUUUGGUUCCUUCAUGAAUCAGGCGUUGUAAUUGUGAUUGGAAUUGCGAUUGGAUCGCUUAUGGGAGCAGUAAUUUAUAAUCAGACCUGAAGAAGCCCAUCUGAGUUCAAAGAAACUAUUUUCUUCAAUUUUAUGCUUCCUUUCCUAAUUCUUAACGCAGGAUAUAACCUCAAACGCAAAAGAUUCUUCCAAAACAUUGGCUCAAUUUUCCUAUUCGGCAUAGGAGGCACAUUGACUUCUUUUAUAGUCAUUGGGCUUGAGGCUUACCUUUUUAGCGAACUCGGCUUGAUAAUAAAAAAUGGGAAAACCUAUCAUAUCCCUCUUCAAGAUGGGCUAAAGAUAGGUGCAGUCUUGUCUUCAACAGAUAUCGCGUGUACGCUUGCCAUGAUUAAAGAGGAAAACACCCCUAAGCUGUUUAGCAUUUUAUUAGGAGAGUCUGUUACUAAUGAUGCGGUGGGAAUCUUAUUGCUGCAAACUUUAAGCAGCAUGGAUUUAAGCGUUAUUGGUAUUAAAGAGGUUGGAAUCUUUAUUGGAAAAUUUUUAUUUAAUUGCAUCACUAGUUCUUUAUGUGGAAUUUUCUUUGGUGUGCUGACUGCAUAUAUGACGAAAAUAUUUAAAUCGAUAGGCGAUGAUCCAAGCAGGAUGAUUGGGUUGUUUCUAUACGUCUCCUGGGCAGGCUAUACGAUAGCCCAGCUGCUUGAAAUUUCUGGUGUUAUUUGUAUUUUGAUAGCUUCAAUUAUUUCAGGGCAUUAUUCUUUCUAUAACAUGUCUCCGACUUCUCGAAUUGUAUGUAUGAAAUUCAUGAAUUUCAUAGGAGAUGCAGCUGAAGCAUUAAUUUUUUCUUAUCUGGGUAUGACAACCCUUAGCUAUGAUGUUUUCAGCAUUUCAUGAGUUUUCUUGUUCUUCAUGAUAAUAGGAACGAUUUUUGCUCGUCUUUGUGGGACUUUUGGGCUGAGUUUAAUUGUGAGAUUGCUAUCAGGAGGAAAGCAUAAACUUAACAUUAAGCAAUUAGCAGUCUGUUGAAUAGGAGGGAUCAUUAGGGGCGCAAUUAGUUUUGCAUUAGUGUUAACUGUUGAUGGAGACAAUGAGAAACUCUUGAAAAUCACAGUCUUAGGUCUAGUGAUUGUAACGAUCCUGAGUUUUGGAACUAUCUUACCGUUGUGAGUGUGGUGGGUUGAUCCAAAAGAAGAGGAAACUGUAGUUAUAGAUCCUGAAAAGUCUAUUGGAGAAGAAGCCUUAGGAUAUAGAAAAGUUAUUAUCGCUAAAGAAGAUCUUGAAGAAAAAUCAGCAUUUCAUAGGAAAUGGAGGUAUUUUGAUAAUAAAUACAUUAAACCAUUUUUGAUUAGACCUGAAGCUUUAGAAGAAGCAAGAAAAAUAAAGGCGACAAUAAAAUCAUUAGGAAAUUCUUUUGGAAGUAAAGAAUAA